AGAGAGGUUUUCUUUCGAGGCGGAGCUCUCAUUUGGCGUUCUGUAAACCAGAAGAUUAGGCUUCUAGCUCGAGCAACCAAUAAUUAGGGCAUUUUUCUUCAAGGUUGUAUAAGAUGGCUGAAACCGAGGAUAUCCAGCCCCUUGUUUGCGACAAUGGAACUGGAAUGGUCAAGGCUGGAUUCGCAGGAGAUGAUGCUCCAAGGGCCGUCUUCCCAAGUAUUGUAGGACGACCUCGCCACACAGGAGUGAUGGUGGGCAUGGGCCAAAAGGAUGCAUAUGUUGGAGAUGAGGCUCAAUCCAAGCGUGGUAUCUUAACCCUGAAGUACCCAAUUGAGCAUGGCAUUGUUAGCAACUGGGAUGACAUGGAGAAAAUCUGGCACCACACCUUCUAUAAUGAGCUUCGAGUUGCACCAGAAGAGCAUCCAGUUCUCCUUACAGAGGCCCCACUUAACCCAAAGGCCAACAGAGAGAAGAUGACUCAGAUUAUGUUUGAGACGUUCAACACCCCUGCCAUGUAUGUUGCCAUUCAAGCCGUGCUGUCACUCUAUGCUAGUGGUCGUACCACUGGGAUUGUGCUGGACUCUGGGGACGGUGUAAGCCACACAGUGCCCAUCUAUGAGGGGUACGCCCUCCCACAUGCUAUCCUCCGUCUCGACCUUGCCGGUCGUGACCUUACCGACGCACUCAUGAAGAUCCUUACUGAGCGUGGAUACUCUUUCACCACCACUGCCGAGCGUGAAAUUGUCAGAGAUAUGAAAGAGAAGCUUGCAUACAUUGCCCUCGAUUAUGAACAAGAGCUUGAGACUGCCCGAACAAGCUCAACUGUUGAAAAGAGUUAUGAAUUACCUGAUGGUCAGGUAAUAACUAUUGGGGCUGAGCGAUUCCGAUGCCCCGAAGUUCUCUUCCAACCGUCCAUGAUUGGAAUGGAAGCGGCUGGCAUUCAUGAAACCACUUAUAAUUCAAUCAUGAAGUGUGAUGUUGAUAUAAGGAAGGAUCUCUAUGGGAACAUAGUGCUCAGUGGUGGGUCAACCAUGUUCCCUGGUAUAGCAGACCGUAUGAGCAAGGAGAUCACCGCACUUGCGCCUAGUAGCAUGAAGAUUAAGGUUGUUGCUCCACCAGAGAGGAAGUACAGUGUUUGGAUUGGAGGGUCUAUCCUAGCCUCUCUUAGCACCUUCCAACAGAUGUGGAUUGCAAAGGCCGAGUAUGAUGAAUCUGGGCCUUCAAUUGUGCACAGGAAGUGUUUCUAGAGUGGAGGAGAGUAUUUCAAAUGUGCUGCUUGCUUUUGUGUUUCUCUCUAUAUCUCUUGUUUCUUAAUGUCGUCAGAUGACAAUAUAAUAUGGCAAGAUUUCGAGUGGGAAUCUGCAGCCCAUUUUUUCAUUAUUUGAAGAGUUGAAGUAGUGGACACCAUGGAUGAUAUGUAAUUGCUAUUGCAUUCCUUUGAGGCAACCACUUCUCUCUCUCUCUCUCUCUCUCUCUCCAGAGGUUUUGCCAUCCAAAGGAAAUGUAAUUCUUGUUUAGAAGUUUCUUUAUUGUCAGAUGCAUGUUUUAAAAGUUUUAAAA